UAAGUUAUUUUUUGAUUUUAUUCUUCACAUAUUAAUAUCAAUGGAUUCGACUGAGACUCCUGAUAAUCAGCCUACAAAUUUUCAAAACAAGAUGUCUAAAAAAAAGAUGUCUAAAAAAGGAGGACGUCCAGCAUUACCUGUUUGGGAAAAUUUUAAAAAAAAUACACCAGAUAAGUUUGGUCAUUAUGGUGCUACUUCACCUGAUCAUAUUAUUACUUUUUAUCUUCGUAAAGUUGCUGAAAGAGGUGAAAAACUUUCAUUAGCCGAUGAUAGUGAAGAUGAU